UAUAAAAAAAAAAAGUUUAUAUCAAUAGUACUGUUAUUACAGGCAUAUAUUAAUACAGAUUGAAGUGAAAAUAAAUUUUUUUAAUAUAUAAUAAUUAUAUGUAAAAUUAUGGCCAUAAUUAUAUUAUUGACGUCUUCAAAGUAAAUAUUUGAAAGGGGAGUUUUAAUUUAAAAAUUCAAUGAAUAUCUACGAAAGUAUUUUGGUCUGGACCACACUGGCCAUUGUGGUUUUACUCCUUUUGGGUACUUUAAAGUGGAUUAUUGGAUUUUGCAUACCCGGCGUUAGCCAGUGGGGCUUAAAUAUUCUGCUCGACGGUACUAAAAUAGAAGAAUCUGAUAUAUCAUCUAUCGAUUCUGAUCGAGAUGAAAAAAGACCGCAAACUAUCAGAAUUUGUAGUAGAAAACUUGAAUUUAUUCUUAAUUUGACAUUUUUUUUAACAUUUCCUCUCGCUGUAUGCUGCAAUUUAUUUAAUCAAUCAAUUAACAAAGUGCAAGAUGAAUCUCACAUACGUUUGAUUGGUGGAAAUUCAAAUUCAGCAAAGACAAUACCUAUAAGUACUUAUGGAGAUAAAAAUGAUUCAAAACCUGAAAAUGAAGAUACGAAUACGCAGUGAAUAAAUUAAUUGAAUCUCGAAAAGUCAAAAAAAUCUAAAGUUUAAUAAUUUUACAAUAUUUUUAAUUCAACUAUCUUUAAGAUUUUACUGAUAAAUGAUCAGAAAGAAAUUUUUAAAAUAAAAAAAAAUUAUCAACUGAUUCUGCUAUGGAGGUUUUCUCAUGUGAAUAAUUAUUUUAGUGGCAGUUAGUAAAUUAGGUCUUCAAUUUUUUAUUCACUGCAAGCUACGUUACCUAG